CUACCUUUCUCCUCCUCUCUCACGGUCUCACCUCUAGUUUCCAGGAUGACAAAAUAUGGGAUCAGAUUCGAUUCGUGAGCCUGUAGAACAAGGAUGCUCCUCCAAUCCAUACUAAAUUGAACCCACGCAGCAGACAUCCGCGCGCAGUACGUCCCCUUCGCGAAGCACCGCCAUCCUCACCACGCCGCCGAGUCGGGCGGCGCAUGCGCCAUGGCGUUCCUAUUCGGCGCAUUCCUGGGCCUGGUGGUGGGCGUGGCCGUCGUGAUGGCGUUCGCGCGAUUCGAGAACAGCCGCGCCGAGCAGCGCCGUGAGCUGGCUGCUACAGCUGCAGCUUUCUCGAAGUUGACUGUACAGGAUUUGAGGAAGCUCAUCCCACCCGAGUUUUAUCCAUCAUGGGUUUCAUUCACACAAAAGCAGAAGCUUAAAUGGCUGAAUCAAGAGCUGACAAAAAUCUGGCCAUUUGUCAAUGAGGCUGCAUCAGAGUUGAUCAAAACUUCUGUGGAGCCUAUUUUUGAGCAGUACAAGUCAUUCAUCCUGGCCUCCCUCCAUUUCUCAAAGUUGACACUUGGUACUGUUGCUCCUCAGUUUACUGGUGUUUCAAUCUUGGAGAGUGAUGAUUCUGCCAUCAUCAUGGAACUUGAGUUGCAAUGGGAUGGCAAUCCCAAUAUAGUACUUGACAUCCAAACAACACUUGGAAUUUCUCUUCCUGUACAGGUGAAAAAUAUUGGAUUCACAGGAGUACUUCGGCUCAUAUUUAAACCGCUGGUGUCUGAAUUCCCCUGUUUUGGAGCUGUUUGCUGUUCUUUAAGGGAGAAGAGCAAGGUGGAAUUUACCCUCAAGGUUAUUGGUGGCGAAAUGACUGCUAUUCCAGGAAUUUCUGAUGCAAUUGAGGGGACAAUACGUGAUACUAUUGAGGAUACACUGACAUGGCCGAAUCGCAUAAUUGUUCCCAUUGUACCUGGAGACUAUAGUGACUUGGAGUUGAAACCUACUGGGGUAUUAGAAGUAAAACUGGUGGAAGCUAGGGACCUAAAGAACAAGGAUCUUGUGGGAAAGUCGGACCCUUUUGCAUUGAUAUACAUACGUCCAUUGCAUGAUAAAACAAAGAAAAGCAAAACAAUUAACAAUGAUUUGAAUCCCAUCUGGAAUGAGCACUAUGAAUUUGUGGUUGAGGACAUAUCUACGCAGCACUUGACUGUAAAAAUUUAUGAUGAUGAAGGACUCCAAUCAUCAGAGAUCAUUGGGUGUGCUCGAGUAGACUUAGCUGAUAUACAGCCAGGAAAAGUGAAGGAUUUAUGGUUAGAUCUUGUGAAGGACCUGGAAAUUCAACGAGACAAGAAACCUCGUGGUCAGGUUCACCUGGAGCUCCUCUACUACCCUUACGCGAAGCAUGAAGGGGUUCCUAAUCCUUUUGCUAAUCAGAUUCAACUAACUUCAUUGGAGAAGGUUCUCAAAACCGAGUCUAAUGGAUAUGAUAUUAAUCAGAGGAAAAAUGUUAUUAUGAGAGGAGUCCUUUCGGUGACGGUCAUAUCUGCAGAGGAGUUGCCACCUAUGGACAUUGGUGGCAAGGCUGACCCAUUUGUGGUCCUGUACUUAAAGAAGGGAGAAACCAAAAAGAAGACAAGGGUUGUGACAGACACGCUAAAUCCAAUAUGGAACCAGACAUUUGAUUUCAUGGUAGAAGAUGCACUGCAUGAUUUGCUCAUGGUGGAAGUAUGGGACCAUGAUACAUUUGGAAAGGAUUACAUAGGGAGGUGCAUCUUGACACUGACGAGAGUUAUACUCGAAGGUGAAUUCCAAGAUACCUUUGUCUUGCAAGGUGCCAAAUCGGGAAAACUAAACUUGCAUUUCAAGUGGACGCCACAGCCAAUCUAUCGUGAUCGUGACAGGGAUCAGUGAGACUUGUAAACGAAAAAGGCCGAUAAACACUUAUCCCCAACGGUGCUAUGUAUAUUAGUCGUUCUGUAUUUACAAAAUCCCACGGUUCUUAUAGCCACGUGACCAAAAAGAGAUCAACCCACCGACCUGUAUUUUCUCCUUUGUGAUGCAAGUCAGCAAGUGCAUGGACCUGUAUAUUUGAGUCGUUAAUGAAUAGGAAAUGCUGUUACUAUGCUGC